GAAGAAGAAACAAAAACAUGGAAAGGAAAGGAAAAGACUGAGAAAUAUACACACUCACUCUCUAACACUCUUCUCACACACUCUUCGUUUCCCUCUGUGUUCAUUGCGUCUACAUUCACGUUGUUCUCACUAGCUCCUUAUCUACGUUUUUUUUUCUUCUUCUGAAUUUCGAGAUCUGAAUACGGUUCAGUUUUUGAUCUGUUCUUUUGUUUUGCGGGAAUUUGAACGGAAUUGAGGAUGUGGUGGCGCCGGACGUAGUGGAAGGAGGGAGGAGUUCUGCGGCAUUUGCAUUUCAGCGAGGCAACAAGCAAGGAGGGUAAACUGGCGUAUUGGUGCAAAUGUCAAAGUCUCCCUCUCAUGAACCGCGACAGUCCAUUUAUUCUGGCUCUCUUCCUGGGGAAUUUAAUGAGGCAAUGGGAAUGGAUGAUCCAGAAUCUACAAUGGCAACAGUUGCUAAUUUUGUGGAGCAACUGCAUGCCAAUUUGUCAUCACCGGUUGAGAAAGAAACCGUUACAGCGCGCUUACUAGGUAUUGCCAGGAGAAGAAAGGAUGCUAGAACACUCAUAGGUUCUCAUGCCCAAGCCAUGCCAUUGUUCAUAAACAUUCUCAGAAAUGGAACACCUCUUGCAAAAGUUAAUGUUGCUUCCACUCUGAGUGUCCUGUGCAAAGAUGAAGAACUGAGGUUAAAAGUACUACUUGGUGGUUGUAUCCCACCAUUAUUGUCACUUUUAAACUAUGAAUCCACGGAGACCAGGAAGGCUGCCGCUGAAGCAUUAUAUGAAGUUUCCUCAGGUGGUCUGUCUGAUGAUCAUGUUGGUAUGAAAAUUUUUGUCACAGAGGGUGUAGUUCCAACCUUAUGGAGUCAACUAAAUCCAAAGAAGAAGGAAGACAAAAUUGUGGAGGGUUUUAUUACUGGAGCAUUAAGAAAUCUUUGUGGUGACAAAGAUGGCUACUGGAAAGCAACAUUAGAAGCUGGAGGCGUGGAUAUCAUAGUGGGGCUCUUGUCUUCAGACAAUUCUGUUUCUCAGUCAAAUGCAGCUUCUCUAUUGGCACGUUUAAUGCUGGCUUUCAGUGAUAGUAUCCCCAAAGUAAUAGACUCUGGAGCAGUCAAAGCUUUACUUCAGCUUGUUGGUCCAAAAAAUGACAUUUCUGUUAGGGCUAGUGCUGCUGAUGCCCUAGAAGCUCUCUCUUCAAAAUCUACUAUGGCUAAAAAGGUCAUUGUUAAUGCAGAUGGAAUUCCAAUCCUUAUUGGAGCAAUAGUUGCUCCUUCUAAUGAGUGUAUGCAAGGUGAUGGUGGCCAGGCUCUACAAGAGCACGCAACUCGAGCUUUAGCCAAUAUCUGCGGUGGCAUGUCUGCAUUAAUACUAUAUCUUGGAGAGCUUUCACGUUCUCCUAGCCUUGAUGCUCCAGUUGGUGAUAUAAUUGGGGCUCUUGCUUAUACACUCAUGGUCUUUGAGGAAAAAGUAGGUGUUGAUGAGAAACAUUUUGAUGCAACUCAGAUAGAGGAUAUUCUAGUAACUCUUCUAAAGCCUCGGGACAGCAAACUGAUUCAAGAGUGUGUCCUUGAGGCUAUGGCUAGCCUUUAUGGAAACAUCUGUCUCUCAAAGUGGCUCAUUCAAGCUGAUUCAAAGAAGGUUCUUAUUGGACUUAUAACCAUGGCUGCCACUGACGUGCAAGAGUAUCUGAUACUUUCGUUGACAACCUUGUGUAGUGAUAAGAUUGGAGUAUGGGAGGCCAUAAAAAAGAGAGAAGGUAUCCAAUUACUAAUAUCAUUGCUUGGAUUAUCCAGUGAGCAGCAUCAAGAGUACUCAGUUCAGCUGCUAGCGAUCUUAACUGAACAGGUUGAUGACAGCAAGUGGGCAAUUACUGCUGCUGGAGGGAUUCCUCCACUGGUGCAGUUGUUGGAGACAGGAUCACAGAAAGCAAGAGAGGACGCAGCAAAUGUUCUGUGGAGUUUGUGCUGUCACAGUGAAGAUAUUCGCGCUUGUGUUGAAAGUGCUGGAGCCAUACCAGCAUUUUUAUGGCUUCUUAAGAGUGGUGGACCAAAAGGGCAGGAAGCUUCUGCUAUGGCACUAACAAAGCUUGUUCGAGUAGCUGAUUCUGCCACAAUUAAUCAGCUAUUAGCAUUGCUCCUGCGGGAUUCUCCAAGCUCGAAAGCCCACAUAAUCCGAGUUUUAGGUCAUGUUCUUACCAUGGCUUCACAGAAUGAUCUCCUUGAAAAAGGUUCUGCAGCUAACAAGGGCUUGAGAUCUCUAGUUCAGGUCCUCAAUUCAUCCAAUGAGGAAACCCAAGAAUAUGCAGCUUCGGUUCUAGCUGAUUUGUUUAUCACAAGACAAGACAUAUGUGAUAGUCUUGCAACUGAUGAGAUUGUGCUUCCUUGCAUGAAGCUUUUGACUAGUAAAACUCAAGUUGUUGCCACUCAAUCAGCUCGAGCACUAAGUGCUCUGUCUCGUCCAACAAAGAACAAGGCUGCAAAUAAAAUGUCUUAUAUUGUAGAGGGUGAUGUUGAGCCACUAAUCAAGUUAGCUAAAACAUCCUCUGUUGAUGCUGCUGAAACUGCUGUUGCUGCAUUGGCCAAUCUUCUCUUUGAUCCUUUUAUUGCUGCUGAGGCUCUAGCUGAAGAUGUUGUUUCAGCUUUAACUAGAGUUCUGGCAGAAGGGUCCUUGGAAGGUAAACAAAAUGCAUCUCGUGCACUUCAUCAAUUAUUGAAGCAUUUUCCUGUAGGUGAUGUUCUUAAGGGGAGUGCUCAAUCUCGUUUCACUGUGCUUGCACUUGUUGAUUUGUUAAAAGCUAUGGAUAUGGACGAAACUGAUGCUGCUGAUGCUUUAGAAGUAAUCGCAUUGCUAGCCAGGACCAAGAAAGGUGUCAGCAACAAUUACUCUGCAUGGUCAGCUCUGGCUGAAAUACCGUCAAGCUUAGAACUUCUUGUCUGCUGCCUGGCUGAGGGGCCCUCCCUUGUGCAGGACAAGGCAAUUAAAAUUCUAUCUAGACUUUGUGGGGAUCAGCCUGCUGUUCUUGGUGAUUUGUUAUCUACUAGUUCCAGAUCCAUUGGUUCAUUGGCUAAUAGAAUAAUGAACUCCUCCAGUCUAGAAGUAAAAAUUGGAGGGUCUGCCUUGCUAAUUUGUGCUGCUAAGCAGAAGAAAGAGCUUUCAAUGGAUUCACUUGACGUUUCUGGGCAUCUGAAACCAUUAAUAUAUUCUUUAGUUGAAAUGAUAAAGCAAAGUUUUAAGUAUUCUUCUUUAGAAAUUGAAGUUCUCGCUUCUAAAGGUUUUAUGGAGAGAAAUGGUUUUCAAGAAGUUGAUGAGUUUGAUAUUCCUGAUCCUGCCACUGCCUUGGGAAGCACUAUUGCGAUGUGGUUGCUUUCAGUUAUUGCUUCUUUCCAUAUAAAGAGCAAGCCCACAAUUAUGGAAGCUGGUGGACUUGAAGUUCUCUCGGACAAACUUGGAAGAUAUACUUCAAAUCCACAGGCAGAAUAUGAGGAUACAGAAGGAAUAUGGAUCAAUGCCUUGCUGUUGGCCAUUUUAUUUCAGGAUACGAAUGUUGUUCAGUCUCCUGUGACAAUGCGCAUUAUACCUUCUAUCACUCUUCUGCUAAGAUCUGAUGAAGUAAUUGAUAAAUAUUUUGCUGCCCAGGCUAUGGCCAGUCUUGUUUGUAAUGGCAAUAAGGGAAUAGAUCUUGCCAUUGCAAAUUCUGGUGCUGUUGCUGGAUUGAUAACUAUAAUUGGGCAUGUAGAGUCAGAUAUGCCUAAUCUCAUGGAUUUAUCAGAAGAAUUUUCAUUGGUACAAAACCCUGAUCAAGUUGUUUUGGAUCACCUUUUUGAAAUUGAAGAUGUAAAGGUGGGUUCUACGGCCAGGAAAUCUAUACCGCUCUUAGUGGAUCUCCUGAGACCAAUACCAGAAAGGCCUACUGCUCCACCAGUUGCUGUUAGACUCUUGAUAUCCAUUGCAGAUGGAAGUGAUAGCAAUAAAUUAAUCCUUGCUGAAGCUGGAGCUCUUGAAGCUUUGAACAAAUACCUGUCCUUGAGUCCUCAAGACUCAACUGAGGCUGCUAUAUCUGAGUUAUUGAGAAUAUUAUUUUGCAAUUCUGAUCUCAUUAAACACGAAGCAGCAAUCAGUUCAUUGAACCAACUUAUAGCUGUUUUGCGUCUUGGAUCAAGAACUGCUAGAUACAGUGCAGCAAGAGCACUUCACGAACUUUUUGAUGCUGACAACAUUAGAGACUCAGAAUUAGCUAAACAAGCUAUUCAACCAUUGGUUGAUAUGCUUAACACGACAUCAGGGCAUGAACAGGAGGCUGCUCUCAUGUCCUUGAUCAAGUUAACUUCAGGAAAUUCUUCAAAAGUAUCUCUUCUUACUGAUAUGGAAGGAAACCCACUUAAAUGUCUAUACAAAAUACUGUCUUCUGCUUCAUCCUUGGAACUGAAGAGCCAUGCUGCCCAACUCUGCUUUGCCCUUUUUGCCAAUAGCAAGAUCAGAGCAGAUCCAGUUGCCUCAGAAUGCAUAGAACCCCUUAUAUUACUGUUGCAGUCUGGUUCUGAGACAGCAAUAGAGUCUGGGGUUUGUGCUUUUGAGAGAUUGUUGGAAGAUGAACAACAGGUAGAGCUUGCAGCAGCCUACAAUAUUGUGGAUCUCCUUGUGAGCUUGGUUUCCGGUACUAACUAUCAGCUUAUUGAGGCUACCGUAUCUGCUCUUAUCAAAUUGGGCAAAGAUAGGACUACAAGUAAACUGGACAUGGUGAAAGCUGGCAUUAUUGAUAAUUGUCUCAAGCUACUACAAUUAGCACCUAGCUCUUUAUGUUCCACAAUAUCUGAGCUCUUUCGCAUUUUAACUAAUAGUAGCGCAAUUGCAAGAAGUUCAGAUGCUGCAGAAAUUGUAGAACCUCUUUUCCAUGUUUUGCUCCGUCGAGAUUUCAACUUAUGGGGACAGCAUAGUGCAUUACAAGCACUUGUAAAUAUAUUGGAGAAACCACAAAGUCUUGCCACCUUGAAGCUUACUCCAAGCCAAGUUAUUGAACCCUUGAUUUCUUUUCUGGAAUCCCCAUCCCAAGCUAUUCAGCAGCUUGGCACAGAACUGUUAUCUCAUCUUCUUGCACAGGAACAUUUUCAGCAAGAUAUUACAACUAAGAAUGCAGUUGUGCCCCUCGUACAGCUUGCAGGAAUUGGAAUAUUAAACUUACAGCAAACAGCUAUAAAGGCAUUGGAAAAAAUUUCCACUAGUUGGCCAAAGGCUGUUGCUGAUGCAGGAGGUAUUUUUGAGCUUGCAAAGGUUAUUAUUCAAGAAGACCCUCAGCCACCGCAUGCACUCUGGGAAUCAGCUGCUCUAGUUCUCUCUAAUGUAUUACAUUCCAAUGCCGAUUACUACUUUAAAGUUCCUGUGGUAGUUCUUGUAAAACUUUUGCACUCAACACUUGAGAAUACAAUUAGCAUAGCCCUUAAUGCUUUAAUAGUUCAUGACAGAAGUGAUGCUUCAAGUGCUGAGCAGAUGAUGGAAGCUGGAGUUAUAGAGGCUCUGUUAGACCUGUUAAGAUCUCAUCAUUGUGAAGAAGCAUCUGGCAAUUUAUUAGAAGCUUUAUUUAACAAUGUGAGAGUACGAGAGAUGAAGGUGUCUAAAUAUGCUAUAGCGCCUUUGUCCCAGUAUCUCUUGGAUCCACAAACCAGAUCACAGUCUGGUAAGCUUCUUGCUGCUUUAGCUCUGGGAGAUCUUUCCCAGCAUGAAGGACAUGCUAGAUCUAGUGCCUCUGUUUCUGCAUGUCGGGCAUUGAUAAGUUUACUUGAAGAUCAGCCAACUGAAGAAAUGAAGGUGGUAGCUAUAUGUGCAUUGCAAAACUUUGUCAUGAACAGCAGGACAAAUAGACGAGCUGUUGCAGAAGCUGGAGGCAUACUGGUGAUUCAAGAAUUGCUGCUGUCUCCAAACACAGAAGUUGCUGCACAAGCUGCUUUACUGAUCAAAUUUUUGUUUUCUACACAUACACUGCAAGAAUAUGUAUCAAAUGAGUUGAUCAGGUCUUUGACAGCUGCACUGGAAAGAGAGUUAUGGUCAACUGCCACAAUCAAUGAAGCGGUUCUGAAAACUUUGCAUGUGAUAUUCAUGAACUUCCCUAAGCUCCACACAUCUGAAGCAGCAACUCUUUGCAUUCCUCAUUUGGUAGGUGCACUUAAAUCUGGUGGUGAAGCGGCUCAGGACUCUGUACUUGACACGUUUUGCUUGCUAAGACAAUCAUGGUCAACUAUGCCAAUAGAUAUAGCAAAGUCCCAAGCUAUGAUUGCUGCUGAAGCCAUCCCCAUUUUGCAAAUGCUCAUGAAAACCUGCCCACCUAGUUUCCAUGAGAGGGCAGAUACUCUUCUGCACUGCUUACCAGGGUGUUUGACUGUCACCAUUAAGCGUGGAAACAACCUCAGGCAAACUAUGGGAAGCACUAACGCAUUCUGCCGGUUAACAAUAGGAAAUGGUCCUCCAAAACAAACCAAGGUAGUGAAUCAUAGUACUUCUCCCGAAUGGAAAGAAGGAUUCACUUGGGCAUUUGAUGUACCUCCAAAGGGCCAAAAGCUACAUAUCAUAUGCAAAAGCAAGAAUACUUUUGGGAAGACAACUCUUGGAAGAGUCACCAUUCAAAUUGAUAAAGUUGUAUCAGAGGGGGUUUAUAGUGGAUUAUUCAGUCUUAAUCAUGAUGGUAACAAAGAUGGUUCUUCCCGAACACUUGAAAUUGAGAUUAUAUGGUCCAACAGGAUCUCCAAUGAUGACACUUGAAAAUGACACUAGGCUACUUGUCGGGUGGAAGCAUAAAACGUAAUCUUUAACAUGCUUGAGAGAUGCUGGAAAUGGUUUUUCUUGUAAUUAUCAGCAUAUUUGGAUGAUCCAAUUUUGUAGUCUGGCAGAUUAAGUUGCGUCAGUUGUAAGUGUAAAUUAAAUUAUAAAUGUCUAGAGGCAAGGGUUUGAAAAAGAUGCUCCCACGGUAAAGAAAAAAUGUUUACAAUUGUACAGGUCAGUCAACAGGUGUUAGAAACUUGAAUCAUAGGGGGAAAAAAUGGCAUUUUAAUUAAAUUUGUCAAAAGUCUUUUCGUUUUUUUUUUCAUUUGUAUCAGUCGCUGAUGUUGGGAUCUACACUAGCUUCUGCUGUAAAGUGGCUCUGUUUUAUGUUUGUAAGCCACAAGAGAUGCUACAUUGACAAUAUGUCACUGUCCAUUUGUGUCGGGAACAUGCUCUUUUUUCACCACCUUGCCCCACCCAAUAAACGAUUCCUUUUUUAUAA